AUGUCGCUCCUCACAGUCAAUGCAGAGAGUCUCAUCCACCGCUUCUUCGACAACCUGCACACAACCGAAGAGAUAAGCAGCCUGGACAACCUCUUUGACCACAAGUCAAUGGCGACUCUCAACCGGCUUGAUUUCAGAGGUGUCUCUGAUAUCACUUCAGCGUUGCAAAUAUUCACCACUGAAGAGUCAAAAUGGCAGAUCGAUCGCUUCAUGCACAUACCAAAUCAUCUCUGCAUAUUAACAACCGUUAUGGGACGCUCGCAGUUUCACGCCACGAGUGGCGGAACACCUUUCAAUGCUGGUUUCUUCCUGGAGCCUGUCCAUCGACACUCCGACAGAUUGAUGAUUCGCGAGCUGCUCCUCAUGUACGACUCGCGGAUUGAUAUUGGUUAUUAUGGUUAUGAUCCGGCCUUGCAAAGACGGGAGUAA